AAUCCCCGGCUAUAUGACCUAUACCUGACCAGGCUGUGUAGAGUUCCGCGGAACUUUGAGUUCGAGCCGACAAAAACGAGACCCGGGAAUAAAAUAUCGCUUUUCCGGAACCGCGAAAGAAUGGUGUGUGCUUGGUGAAGUUCUAGCUCGCAGGAUUCGCAAAUCGCCUGAGAUUUCUUGCCGUCUCUGGAAAUCUGGAAAGAAUGCACUCGAAUUAUGCAUAAAGAAUGCUCCUAUCGUCUUCACCCGAACUUACCUUCAAGCGUGUGCAGUUUUGAAACAUUUCCCGCAAAGAGGCAUUUUCUUCGACGCACAGAUUCUUCAAAUUCGGCUUUUUUAGCCGGCAAAUCCUACAAAGUGCAGCCGCUGGCUCAGCCAUUCCACUGUUGACAUCCCUUUGUUGUGGAAGUUAGCGCAAAGAGGAACCGGAGAUUAUUGAAGAAAUUCAUACCCCCGGAGGAUGGAGAAAAUUUACAAACCAAAAACGGAGAAGGUGAUUGCCGUUUGGGAAGCGUUGGCCGAGUACCAGGCAGUGUUGAAACCGGAUGGACUAUCCCGGGUUAUAGAUUCAAACGCGGAUAUCAUGGAAGCACUCGGCUUUCCGGUGAACAACAACGGACGGUUUGAUAUGCUGAUGCAGUCGAUCGACGUGGGACAGCUGCAUUCCGACAAGGACGUACAAGUGGCUCCUUUCCAUCCUUCGGCAAUUAAAUAUUGCCCAGAUCCGUUGGCCGCACCCAUUCCUGAGAAGGCCAUGAAAUUCAAAUGCGUUCAGAACGCGGUCGAGAUGCACAAGGGCAAAAUGAAACGGAACGUGGAGGCCAGAUUGCGGUAUAACAAACACCGGUACACGCGCAAGGAAGUAAGUGCGGCAUCGCACGAUUUGACGCCCUACCAGGAGAUGCUGCUGGUGCUUCGCUUCUAUGAACCGUUCAAAUAUAAGAUGGGCCUCAGAGUUGGCCAUCCAAAGUUCAGCCACGAGGUGUACGUAUUGAGCUCACAGUUUCUGACCGAGCUCAAGGACUGCAGCUUCUGCACCUCAGAUGCUGGACCAUUUUAUGAGAUGAGUGAAAACCGUUCGGCCUGGAGUUUUCCACGGGUUGUCAACGAGGAAACUCCCAAACCAGGGUUUUUCUUCAUACACGACACGUUCUACAACGAUUUGCGCCACGACUCGCAUCAUGAUUACUCGGAGGUGAUUCUGAAAUGGGCUGAACGACAAAACAAAAUCGGCGAACUUCGUAAGGCGCGAAUGGAGGAAACACGCUUUGGAGAUUUGCGGUUUCGUAUCGGUUACCCACAGCUUUAUCAACACCAAGGGAACUGUGAGCAUCUGUUCGUGGUGUCGGAUUGCCGAUUGUUAAUGCCUUCCGAUGUGCUGCAAAGGUCACAGUACCCACUGCUCAAUUCGUACUCGAUUCAUCGUCAAAUGCAGUGCAACAUCUGCUCGCUGAGUGAGGUGCAGUUCGUCGUUCGGAACAGUAACCGGCAGAUAUUUGAUCCGGUGUACCUAUGCCUGACGUGUCUCGAGAGCUACCAUUACAAGGACGGGGAAAAGAUAGGCGAGUUCGAACUGUAUCCGUACAUACAGUCGAGAUAUAUAUUGAAGGAAUAAUACUAGCUUCAGACCUGUAGAAAAUAAACGACUCCAAAUGAUCUCUUACGAAAGAAGGUUAAUG